UCGGAAAAACGACCAAUCCGGACUACAGUACCCGGCAUGCUGCGCAACUAGUGCCUCGCCGCAUGCUGGGAUAUGUAGUCUCCAUGCGCAGCCGCUGCGCCAACCACACCUCCCAUUGUCGCCUCGCUGCCGGCCUCUCGCAGCUGCUUGUCAACAAUAACCGCACGCUACGGGCGGUGGCUACGCUGCCCUGUAUUCAGAAAGGGCCUGUGCGCACUUUCCCCACGGCCCUGCUCGCCGGGGCUGGCUACAAGGGGCGUAGCCGCCGCCAUGGCCGGUUGUUGUCAGUCGCUGGCAGCGGGUUAUGGCGACGGCGGUGAAUGAAUUCUCCGGGCGGCAGAGGGAAGAAGAAGGGCUCAGCCGGCUCCAGCUCCCCGCCCCAGGCCCCCGGAGCCUCCCCCUCCUCCCCGGCCGGGCCGGCUCCCCCCCUGCAGCAGCAGCAGGCGGCGGCGGGGGCGGCCGCGGCGUCUCCCCAUAAGCGGAACCUCUAUUACUUCUCCUACCCGCUCUUCGCCGCCUUCGCGCUGCUCCGCUUCGUCGCCUUCCAGCUCGGGCUGCUCUUCGCCUGGCUCUGCGAGCGCCUCUCCCGGGGCGCCCUCAUGGCCGCCAAGGGCAGGGCCGGGGCCGGCGACGCGCCCGAGCCCGGCGGGGCGCCCGAGACGGUGCGAGCCUGUCACAAGCGAGCCUUCGAGUGCAUCUCCGUGGCGCUGCGCAUCGAUGAGGAGGAGAGAGCAGGACAAAAGGAACAAGCUGUUGAAUGGUAUAAGAAAGGAAUUGAAGAACUGGAGAAAGGAAUAGCUGUCUUAGUUAUUGGUCAAGGUGAUCAGUGUGAACGAGCUCGACGUCUGCAGUCUAAAAUGAUGACGAAUUUGGCUAUGGCAAAGGAUCGUUUGCAGCUUCUAGAGAAGCUGCAGGCAGUUUUGCAAAUUCCCAAGCCGCAAAUGGAGGUCUAUAAUGACAGUACUAACCUGGCAUGCCGCAAUGGACAUCUCCAGUCAGGUGGGUUUGGUUUCACCAGCACCGAAUUAAUCAGGGGAUGUCUGUCAGUUUCUGAAUGUGGAGCUGUUCCAAAAAAGAAGGAUCCAUUAACGCACACGAGUAAUUCCCUUCCUCGUUCAAAGACUGUUGCAGUUGCAAAAACUGGAUCCACAGGCCUUUCUGGUCAUCAUAGAACCCCUAGUUAUAGUGGGAUAUCAACUUUCUCUGUAUCUAGACAGGGAGUCAAUCCUGCAGCUUCGACACACAAGGCUACUUCAAAAAAUAGUCGAACAAACAAGCCUUCUACUCCUACAACUGCUGCUCGAAAAAAGAAAGACUUGAAGAUAUUUAGAAAUGUUGAUAGUAAUCUUGCUAAUCUAAUUCUGAAUGAAAUUGUUGACAAUGGACCAGCUGUCAAAUUUGACGAUAUCGCUGGGCAAGAGCUGGCUAAACAAGCACUGCAAGAAAUUGUUAUCCUUCCCUCCCUUAGACCUGAGUUAUUUACAGGACUUAGAGCUCCUCCACGUGGAUUAUUGCUGUUUGGCCCACCAGGAAAUGGGAAGACUAUGUUGGCCAAAGCAGUUGCUGCAGAAUCAAAUGCAACCUUCUUUAACAUAAGUGCUGCAAGCCUAACUUCAAAAUAUGUAGGUGAGGGGGAGAAACUGGUGCGUGCUCUUUUUGCUGUAGCCAGAGAACUUCAGCCGUCUAUAAUUUUUAUAGAUGAAGUUGAUAGCCUUUUAUGCGAAAGAAGAGAAGGUGAACAUGAUGCUAGUAGGCGUCUAAAAACAGAAUUUUUAAUAGAAUUUGAUGGCGUACAGUCUUCCGGAGAGGACAGGAUACUUGUAAUGGGGGCAACUAACAGGCCACAGGAGCUGGAUGAUGCUGUUCUCAGACGAUUCACCAAACGGGUGUAUGUAUCUUUACCAAAUGAAGAGACAAGAUUGGUUUUACUAAAAAAUCUUUUAAGCAAGCAAGGAAGUCCAUUGACCCAAAAAGAGCUGGCACAACUAGCCAGAAUGACAGAUGGAUACUCAGGAAGUGACUUAACUGCAUUAGCAAAGGAUGCAGCACUGGGCCCUAUUCGAGAACUAAAACCAGAACAGGUAAAGAAUAUGUCUGCCAGUGAGAUGAGGAAUAUCAGAUUGUCCGAUUUCACAGAGUCUUUGAAGAAGAUAAAGCGCAGUUUGAGCCCUCAAACCCUGGAUGCAUAUAUUCGCUGGAACAAGGACUUUGGUGAUACUACAGUUUGAAGAGCUGCUGUAUAAAAGUGAGGAGAAAGUGCUGCCUGCAAUGACUAAUUGAUACAGACUGUGGAAAUGCAGCCAGAGUUUACAGGACUUCACAGAUCUUUAAAUAUCUGCACGGGCAACUUGAGAUUGAUUGAAAAAGAAAAAUUAUACAAUGUGAAAAGUGUUGAUUAAGGCCUCCGUGCCUUUUUAGUCAGGAUUUACUCACAGGGCAUGUAAGUUAAAGCACAAUAAGACCUGGGGUAAGACUUCUAGCAAUCUAAUCAUGGUAUGAACAUUAAUUUGUGUAUUUUGUUGGCGAUAUAAGGUCCAAUUGUAUUGACUGUUGAAAGAUUUAUACUCUUAGUUUUUUUUUAAAUUUUUCUCAUGACAUUUACUUUUCCUGCUCUCUACCUGGUAACUACUAACUUAUAACUGGAACUUUGUAAAUUUUUGUUUCAAUUUUUAAUAUUUUUAUCCAUACUGUGCCAAAUAAGCCAUUUCCCUCUGCAACAGGAAGAACAGCAUUGGGAAUUAGCAUUAUUUAAAAAAAAAAAUCCAAAUAGAAAGCAGCUGGUCUGCUACUACCUUGUCUUUUGUCUGGUUAUAGUGUGACCAUACAGUUCACAGAACAGUUUUUAAAAAAAGACCUUUGGUAGCAGAACAGCAAAAAUCCUAUCAAACCAGUUGAAAUUAAUAAAAAAUUACAACAUUAUAAAAUUGCUAUACUAAGCCAUUUUUGCCAGCGGUAUUUUCUUUACUUCAUUUGUAAAGCUUCCACUGUAGAAUGUUGGUUUAUUCUUAUGGUGUGUUAACUUCUACUUGAAGCCCAACUGAUUUUUGGAGAGAAUAAAUGAUGCUGUCAAAUUGUGAAGUUUUAGAACUAGUGUUUCUACUCUGUAUUAGUUUGUCUGUUUACAAUAACUAAAAGUUUGUUUCCAUUCUGGUCUUUGCUUUUUUUAAUUUACAGAGGAGAGCAUUAAAAUAAGUGGCUAGAUAUUUAAUACAUAGCACACACUAACAUUUUUAUACCUUUCAUGUGCUUUGGUUUGUAUACUAAGAUCUAAAAUAAACUCAACUGAUCUGCUUUUUUAAAAAGUAAAAUAACUACAUUCCUUAAAAAAAACCUGAAUUUUUAUUAAAUAAAUGACAUACUGUAGUAAAUACAAACACUUAAAUCAUGGUCUUUAAAUAUUUAAAUAAAGGGAAAUGCAUAUUUGGCCUGUACUGCAUAUGGGCAACAUUUUGUUUACAAACUUCAUGGUCAACAUUUUGUUUACAAACUCUACUGUGGAGCUAAACUAUGAUUAAAACAUCAUGAGAAAAUGUUUGUAGAAAGGCAUCCUGUGACAGCUUUGAUAAACAUUUUUCUUCAGUAAUUAAAAAAAACAAAACCUCCCUACACUUGUGAAGAUUUUGCUACAAAAAUAGUGCGUGGAUUUUUACUGUCAGUAAUUGUUUAAGAAACCUGUUUAUACAGCUUGUUUGUAGUUUUUCUUUGGAAAUUGGAAACUGAGUUUUCUAUUAAGGUUGUCAUGAAAAUACUUUUCUUAAUGCUUCAGGGAGGGAGAAGUCAAAACACUGCAGACAGUUGAUCUUAUAGUUUUAGCUAUAAAAAGAACUAGCUGAUGUAGACCUAGGGUGCUUACAGUUCUACAACAGAGCCCUCUUUUAUCCAUUGCACAAUAUCAGGAAGUAUAUGACAGCAGAAGCUCUGUCAGUUGUUCAGAGGCGUAAACAUGAUUGUUCUAUUCAUGUCUGAAGAACUGCAGAGAUGGCUUAAUAUUACAAAAAUCAGUUAAGGCAAUAGGAGGUGAUAAGAAAUAGAGGCACUGUUACACUGAAAUGCCUUUUAAAGAGUAUAACCAGUUUGAUUAGAAAACUUCAAGAGUGCAAAGUGUCUCAAAUGUGUGUCAUACAUAAUUAAGGUAUGUCGGUUCUGUUCCCCUGAGCCGCCUCUCAGGACAGCUUGGAAAGGUAGCCACUGCCAGUGGCAUUAUAGGAUUUCAAUGCCUUAGCUUUCUAAAGAGACUUCUUUUAAUAAUUCCAGUUUGGGUUCUCUUCUGCCUUAGAAUUGUGAAGCACCUGUUUUGCACUGCCAGGUAAUUCAGUCAUAGGUUUCAUCGCUAAGGUUGGAUAGUACUUCUUGGUUAAUACCUCUUCGUUAAUUAGUCAGACCUCUUAAGACCCCUCAUUUCUCUUUCCAUGAAAUUGUGUAAUCUUGUCUCGAGCACCUUAUCUAAAAUAAAAACUAUUUACCUAAAGUAGUAAUUAUUGCACCAUA